GCAUAAUUAAUUGACGCAUGCGCCACACAUUGCAAUCAGCUGUCAGAAAGAACAAAAUCACGUAAAAACAAAAUUAUUUGUGUCUUUAGAUAAUUCCCGUCAAUAUGGCGGGGCAAAAUCCAGGUUCGCCGACUGACUUUCAGUAUUUUUACGAGGAUGAAGUGUAUAAAAUCAACAAUCGCGGGCAAGUGGUCUUCGGCCUCGUACUCGAAAACUAUGAAGGCAUCUCCAGUGAUCAAGAGAGCGACAUUGAAGCAGCAGUGCAAAAAGGCGAAAUUCGCGUUGUGUGGCACCCUUCCGGCACUGAACGAGUUAUAUCCGAGAAGUCGGUUGGACUUGCGGAUCGUUCGCUGAUGCCCGGCGAUGUAGUACGGCGCCUUAUAGCUGGCAAGGACACGCAACGCGGCUACUGUCGCGACAUCGUGAUGACUGCCGCCCUGCAGAUCGUCGGGACGAAGCACGUGAUCCCCAACGUGGCUAGUGAACGACUCCAACCGCUGGAGGAGUUUACCCCUGAUUUGGCCGUCUGCCUCGACUCCUGGGUUGGGACUUCUAAGGCAGUGCACAGCAAACUGCGUCUUGUCUCAGCCGACGGCUCCCGGCUCGAAUACCCGGACUUAGACAACUGUCCCCUGGAGGACUACUCGAUGCGCCGGCGCCGGUCCACCCCGUACUCCUCGUCUGAGUUCUACCCGGGGCAGGUGGUCUACGGUCCCCUGGGAUCGCUGGACAGUGCCAACUGGCUGCACGUCACUAAGGAGAUGAAGGCGGCGAGGAAACACAAGAUGCACGAUCACAAGUUCACCGUGGAGGCAGUGGUGACGGAAAGCGUAAGCGUGCACUGGCAGUGCCGCGCGUUGUGCACGCUCCCGACCGACGCCGCCGCGCCUACGCAGCCCAAGUUCCUCGUCGAAGGUUUGAGUGUAAGCGUGCACUGGCAGUGCCGCGCGCUGUGCACGCUCCCGACCGACGCCGCCGCGCCUACGCAGCCCAAGUUCCUCGUCGAAGGUUUGAGUGUAAGCGUGCACUGGCAGUGCCGCGCGCUGUGCACGCUCCCGACCGACGCCGCCGCGCCUACGCAGCCCAAGUUCCUCGUCGAAGGUUUGAGUGUAAGCGUGCACUGGCAGUGCCGCGCGCUGUGCACGCUCCCGACCGACGCCGCCGCGCCUACGCAGCCCAAGUUCCUCGUCGAAGGUUUGAGUGUAAGCGUGCACUGGCAGUGCCGCGCGCUGUGCACGCUCCCGACCGACGCCGCCGCGCCUACGCAGCCCAAGUUCCUCGUCGAAGGUUGGACUGUCAAUGUGCACUGGCAAUGCCGCACGCUUUGUACGUUGCCCACCGACGGAGCCGCGCCCACGCAGCCCAAGUUCCUCGUCGAAGGUGAGGAUCUGAAGAAUUUGAAGCUGCUGAAUGUCUUCGAACCCUGCACCCUUCAAGUUGGAGACAGGAAUUUCCUCACCAUCGGUCCGGAAGACACGUUCAUCAGCAAGAAGCAAUGGCGUAAACAACAUAGCAAAUACUACAGGAACAUCCGCAAGCAGUCGCGGCCGUGCAAGAAGCCGUCCAAGUCCGAGACCAACUCGUCGGACCACGUGCCUUCGCGGCCCAAGAAGAGAGCCUCCGCGCACCGCAAACUAAAAUCUUCUGAUACCAACUCCAUGGAGAUCGACCACGCGGACGCCAAGCUGGAGUCUUUGGACGACGCGCUAAAAGCCGACGCGAACUGUCCGAGCAUCAAGAUCGAGCCGAGCGGAGACACGUCACUUCCUAUGGCCAGCAGCCAGGAAGACACGGCUACUGAGGAGAAGAACGACUCCGGCAUCAGUCCGGAGCCGAACCGCGAGGACAGUUCGCUGUUAAACGGCGACAGCAAGUCGGAGGUGGCUCUCAACGACGACGACUCCGACAACUGGGAGAAUACCAGCAGUGAUGGCAGUGACACCGACAGCGGUGCCACAUGGUCAUCCCGCUGCUCCUCCGCCGCGUCGCAACGCGGCAAACGCUCCCCACAGCUAGCGGUGCGCUUGUUACGCGGCAAGCGCUUGAAGCGGACCGUGCGGCGCGCGCCCCCCGCGCCCCCGCCGCGCGCCGGCGACCGCGUCGUGGUGGAGACGCUGCACACCACGUCGCGCGCCAACGUCGUGUGGCAGCGCGGCAGGCGCUUGAAGCGGACCGUGCGGCGCGCGCCCCCCGCGCCCCCGCCGCGCGCCGGCGACCGCGUCGUGGUGGAGACGCUGCACACCACGUCGCGCGCCAACGUCGUGUGGCAGGACGGCACCAUAGAAAUGGGUAUCCCUUCGACCCAGCUGUACCCGAUCCACCAUCUGGACGGACAGGAGUGCUUCCCUGGAGACUUUGUCGUCAGCGGCGCCGCCAACUGCGAAGAAAACCAACAGCUCAAGCACAGAGAGUACGGAGUGGUGCAACGUGUAGACCACCACGGCCGCACCGCCAUCGUGCACUGGUACCGGACCUAUACUAGCGCUGACGAGCCCGUCCCCCAAAUGUUGUACGAGAGCGAGAUGAGCGUGUACGACCUGAAAGACCACCCGGACUUCCAGUACCGGCCCGGCACCGUCGUCAUCCGCGUCGCCAACUUCACCGGCGAGGACGCGCAAUGUACCGCUGGACAGGUCAUUGACAAUUUCCCAACGGGUCGCGUCAAAGUGUGGUGGGUUGAUGGCCACACAAGCAUGUGCUGGCCGCAGGAUCUAUACAAGGUCGGCGAAUACGAUUCCGAGGACGGCGAGCUCUGGGGCUCUGAUGGUUCGGGUUCAGACGACUCGUGGGAGACGCAGAGUUCGGCGCACGAAGCGUCGCCUCGCACGCCGGACGCGCCGCCGCCCGCGCCUACCACGCCGCCGCCGGUUAACGGGCCGCUCGCCGAGUUACAUAGAGAGGCCGGUGCUUUCCUAGUGUUCGUGAAUCCGCCGGUAGAAGCGGCCAUGAACAACAUGGCGGUGACGAGCAGCCCGGGCGCCGCCAACGCUACAGAUGCGUCGGCGCCGGCGGUGGUGCCGAAACUAUUGGAGCCGAGGGUCGCGGCUCACAUCGAGAGAGGACGCGUGGCCAUGAGACGUCUGGAGGAGAUGUUCGCCAAGCAUCCCACGCUGCAGAGCCAGGAGGUUAUCGCGGGCGGCCAUGAACAAUAUGGCGCCGCCAACGCUACAGAUGCGUCGGCGCCGGCGGUGGUCCCGAAACUACUGGAGCCGAGGGUCGCGGCUCACAUCGAGCGGGGACGCGUGGCCAUGAGACGUCUGGAGGAGAUGUUCGCCAAGCAUCCCACGCUGCAGAGCCAGGAGAUCAUGCGCAAGCUGCUCAACUUGUACAAGGACUGCCGAUUCCUGGACCGUCUAAUGGGCACGUCCUUCUUCCACGAGGACCACUUUUUGGGUUUGUUAGAGCGCGUUCGCGAGCGCGGCGCGAGCACGCCGCGUGCGGGCGAGCGGCGUGUACACGAACAAUUAGCGAGAUUGUUCGCGCCACACGAUCCCGCGCCCGAGGCAGCUGCCUUGGAUGCGAUGCUGGUUGAUGACGAGCGCGAGGCGCUGCAACCGCAGGCCAUCAUUAGUGCUAACGUCACCGUCGAGCCCAUGGAGGCAGCUGCCUUGGAUGCGAUGCUGGUGGAUGACGAGCGUGAGGCGCUGCAGCCGCAGGCCAUCAUUAGUGCUAACGUCACCGUCGAGCCCAUGGAGCACAUAACUAGCGCGACUGUAGCUCCGCAUGAUCCCGCGCCAGAGGCAGCUGCCUUGGAUGCGAUGCUGGUGGAUGAUGAGCGUGAGGCGCUGCAGCCGCAGGCCAUCAUUAGUGCUAACGUCACCGUCGAGCCCAUGGAGGUUGAACCUCUCACUCCCAAGAAGCAACUACACUUGAACAUAGAUCCCGUGCAGGCAUCGGGAUCGGAGGCUAAUGUUGUUCAAGAAAACGCCGUCGGCGAGAACCCGUCCACUGAGCCAGCCGACGUAGACGGCACCGCUCGCAACGUGUGCUACAAACUGUGCGCGCUCAUUCACUCGCAGCUCGUCAAAGCGCACGCCGAAGUUAGCCGUCAGUAUGGCGCGCUGGUGGUGAGCAUGGCUGACCAAGACGAAAAGGGCGAGGACGCCAAGACGACCGGUGAUGUCAAGGACGUCACCACAACCACGGCUGCUAACGCAGAGGGGAAUGCACCAGCAACUGAAACGGCGCCCCUAGCUACGGCCGAGGGCUCCGAGCUUGAUGCGGAGGCGGAAUCCGCCGCCGACCCAGAGGCCGAGGGCGAAGGCUUCUGCGUACUUGAGUCUGCGCCCAUUGCGCAUCGCUUCCAUCUGUCCAUGCUGCAGCCCUCAGAACCUAGGAGCUUCUACUCCGCCGUCAAGCGCGAGAUCAAACUGCUCAAGAGCGACCUGCCUCCCGGACCCUCAGAACCGAGGAGCUUCUACUCCGCCGUCAAGCGCGAGAUCAAGCUGCUCAAGAGCGACCUGCCUCCCGGACCCUCAGAACCUAGAAGCUUCUACUCCGCUGUUAAGCGCGAGAUCAAACUGCUCAAGAGUGACCUGCCUCCCGGAGCGGAAUCCGCCGCCGACCCAGAGGCCGAGGGUGAAGGCUUCUGCGUACUUGAGUCUGCGCCCAUUGCGCAUCGCUUCCACCUGUCCAUGCUGCAGCCCUCAGAACCUAGGAGCUUCUACUCCGCCGUCAAGCGCGAGAUCAAGCUGCUCAAGAGCGACCUACCUCCUGGAACCAUCGUGCUCGAGUCUACAACCAACGCAAAUCGCUUCCAUCUGUCCAUGCUGCAACCUUCAGAACCUAGGAGCUUCUACUCUGCUGUCAAGCGCGAGAUCAAACUGCUCAAGAGCGACCUACCUCCUGGACCCUCAGAACCUAGGAGCUUUUACUCCGCCGUCAAGCGCGAGAUCAAGCUGCUCAAGAGCGACCUGCCUCCAGGACCCUCAGAACCUAGAAGCUUCUACUCUGCUGUCAAGCGCGAGAUCAAACUGCUCAAGAGCGACCUACCUCCUGGACCCUCAGAACCUAGGAGCUUCUACUCCGCCGUCAAGCGCGAGAUCAAGCUGCUCAAGAGCGACCUACCUCCUGGAUCUGCACCCAUCGCACAUCGCUUCCACCUGUCCAUGCUGCAGCCCUCAGAACCUAGGAGCUUCUACUCCGCCGUCAAGCGCGAGAUCAAGCUGCUCAAGAGCGACCUACCUCCUGGAGUAUGGGUGCGAGCGUUCGAAGACCGCAUCGACUUACUAUCGGUCAUGAUCGCCGGCCCCGAGAAGACUCCAUACGAGGGUGGGCUGUUUGUGUUCGACGUGCAGUUGGGCGGCGAGUACCCGCGCGCGCCGCCGCUAUGCCACUACCACUCCUACUGCAGUGACCGAUUGAAUCCUAAUCUGUAUGAGGAUGGGAAGGUGUGCGUGUCGCUGCUUGGCACGUGGUCAGGCCGCGGCGUAGAAGUUUGGGGCAAGGAUAGCUCUCUGCUGCAAGUCAUAGUGUCGCUGCAGGGCCUCAUCCUCAACGCCGAGCCCUACUUCAAUGAGGCCGGCUACGAGAAGCAGAAGGGCACCCAACAAGGCAAGGAGAACUCUCGCAUGUACAACGAGAUGGUUCUCCUGAAGCUCGUCCAAUCCAUGACCAAGAUGGUGAUGAACCCGCCGGAGCCUUUCCGCGAGGAGAUUCUGCGGCACAUGCGCGCCAACGCCGCUGCGCUCUGUCUCCGGCUCGAAGGACUAGUGGCGCUCUCAGCCGGGACUAACACAUCUCCCGUGCCUCCUCCUGAUUAUCCUCUUGUGCCCGCUUCCCGCGGAUUUUGCCUCACUCUCCGCUCAUCCCUCGAAGCUUUCCGCAACGCGCUCCGCCGAAACGAUAUCCCUGUGCCGCCCUCGGUGUUAUAGCCUCGCGUCCCCGCGCCCUAGCUCUACAAACACUCUACAGGCCCGCCUCGGAAGCGCUCGCGACCGCAAGCGAUCUACGGUAACGUAAACACGUGCCCGGUGAAGCUAGGGUACUUGUUAUUUGACGCUUCACUGGGCAUGCCACGUGACAUUCCUAUAGGAAAUUUUCAAAUCGAUAAAAUAUUUGCGAAUUUCUUUAAAAUCAAUUUUAUUAAAUUAUCGAGUCGUUCGGAUUAGGUUAAUGCAUACGUGUAAAAAGAACUAAAGCAAUAGAUACGAUGCGUUUGACAGCUCAUGACAAUACAUCUUCCUCGUUCUUCUGGCCUGGUCAACUAUUUGAGACUUAUUAACGUCUUUAACUUUCCAAGCUAGGGUUAAGCAUAUUGGUAUAUAUUGUGGCUGUCUAUAAUAAUGCACUGUUUUAACUAUAACAACUUGGUUGGUCGGUUAGCACAAUUAGUUAUAAUCAAAAGAUAUGUAUGUAGUCAUUACCUAGUUACAUUAUAAAAAUACUCCAUAAACAGCUUUCAUAGUCACUGUAAAUCCGCCUACCAUUAAGUACGCCGCACCUUUGGAGAAGUUAGAAAGUCUAACUAAUGUAGCUCAGAAAUUCUGAAGGCAAACGCGUACUUCAUAGUAGUUUUAUUAUUGUUUUUGUUUCGAGUACUUAUGCUACCGUAGAACGUAAAACGUUAGGCUAGGUUUACACAAGAACACCAAGCACUACAUUGACACAAGUGAGAAAUGUACAUAGCAAAACCAAUCAAAUUGUUUGCUGUAAAGACGUGAUUCACUAAAACAUUGGAGCGUGUCGAUUUGCAUAGCACAUCACGGUCUAUUCCACUUUGAUCACCUGGAUUUGAUCACCCAGGUGAUCACUUUUUUUGAUGUCCUUUGAUCACCCAUGAAUAAGAAGUCCACUUUGAUCACCUAGGUCCUAGGUGAUCUUACCUAUGCGCUUGGAGUCCACUUUGACCACCUAGGUGAUCAAAUCCGGGUGGUGGAAUAGACCGUUUGUUCCUUGUACAUAAUUGAAAACAUAAUUGACAUUUGCAGUCUACUGGUUUUUUCAACUCGUUUUUUUGCCCAUUCAGGGAAUAGGUUUGCCGACCGUGUAAGCCUAGCCUAUAAUCGCCGCGUGCGAUCCCGAGCGCGCCGACGCUUGCGCACGGGCGUGCCUCGCUGAACUCUCCUUACAAAUCUAAUAUCGUAGUCAUAGUAUUUAUUGUGAUGUACCUUUCGAUAGGAAUAUUAUAGAUGUUCGAGCCGUCGGGUAGAUAUAGUUAUUAUAGUUGUUGCAAUUCACGAAGGCGAGUGAGCUUUACAUGUGUGGUGGCUCGCUACUGUUCGUUUUUCAAGUUUUGACAGACAUUACACUAUCGUUAUGUGCAUGUACACGUACACACACAAGUGAUGCUCACUCGCCUUCGUGAGUUGCAAGAACUAUAUUUUCUUGUUUUCUCACGUAAAUUAAAACACGUCCCGGGUGACACUUGAGACUUGAGUAUUAAUCCGACGCGAGAACGUCCGGUUGCUUCGUAUUACCGGCGAAUACGAGCCCAACCUGCUCUCACUUGUAAUUAAUAAAAUUCUAAAUGAAAUAUUCGAUCUUAUGCGAAUAAUAUGAUUAUUAGGUUUAUUAAUGAAUAGAUUAAUAAUAUUAUUUAUUUGUUAAAAAGUAACUAGUACUUUUAAUUCAUCGUACAGCGCUAUUGCAGUUAGUUUUUACGAGUACUUAUUGGAAUUAUAUUUUCAAGCCGAAGCUAUUGCUCUCAUUGGUAUUUUGCUACACUAAUAUUAUUAUUACGAUACAGACAGGUAAUAUUGAUAGUCUUACGUGUAGAAUUUUGUUUCUGUUACAUUACGUUUUGGUAAAGUCGAUUUUCAUCACGUGUAAGAAUGUAUGAGUAUAAUGAAUGUCCAUUAAAGUUUUUUUUUAUAUGUGUAAUGUGUGUAAAAAGCAUUCACUCAUUUUUAUGUAAUUAUAGUUUAUAUUUUUUUGUUUUUAUUAUAGCGGGAAUAUUUGAUUUGUAUUGUAUUAUUGAGCUAUACACACUUUUAAAUUUCGAUGUUUUAAAUGCAGUACAUAUAAUUUAGAUUAGUUUUAGUUGCUAUCCAAGAUCUUUAUAAACGGUGUUCUCAAAAAUUAAAUCUCAAUUGAAAUUUUGCUAAAGUUAGUUAAGCUUUACGGACAGUACAGUCGUGUAAUUUAGAUAACUAUAUUAAGUAUUAUUAUGGUCUCUUGAGAUUAUUGAAAAUGUAUAUAAAACGAUUUCUAUUUUAGCUUUGCAUGUGAAAUAUUGAAUUAAACUUGAUAAAACGUUUCUUACGCGACUGUACUACAGCUUUUACUGAAAACAUCUAAAAUAUUUAACAUCCUCGCCCCGUGGGCUGUGCUAAGUUAGUGAAACUAAAUUUUCUGGUCUCAAACCUGCUUUUUGAAGGGUAAAAUUUCCUUUUGUUGGUUGGUUAGUGCUUGUAGAGUGAACAUCGCCCGUCCCGCGGCUGCACAAAUACAAUGUAACUUCAUGCCAAAGUCAAUUGAGCUAUGAAAGGCUUUUGUCGCUUUGUACGCGAGAUAAGUGACAACUAUGUAUAAUGAUGAUAAAAUAAAUAAUUCUUCAACCUUGAA